CUUCGUCAGAAUUCGCGCGCUCUCGGCACCGAGAGCACGGCCAUACCAGUCCAGACUUUAUAAAAGCACAGGAUCGCAGCGUGACUUCGUCUCUCCUCACCAGACAACUCUCCCACAAUGCUCGUCAACAACGCCAUCGUCGCCCUCUCUUCGCUCGCCGCUCUUACGCUCGCAGCACCCACCCAGAUCGAGGUGGAGAAGCGAGCGACGUCGUUCUCUGGCUACCUGCAUGCCACCCGGCUGCACGGCUCUCCUGCCUUUAACAAGACGCUCGAGUACAACAACGACGGUAAUCUGGGAGUCAGCAACCCCAACAACGGGUUCAACUACUUCCCAUCUUCCAAGGACCCCAGCCGUGGAACGCUGUCCAUCACCGGUCCAUACUGCUUGACAGCAUCCAAGGCCACCGGCAACUCGGUCCUGACGGAGCAAUACUGCAACGAUACCGAGGAGCAGCUCUUCACCGCCAACGACCAGGGCAACUACGUGGUGCUCUCCCUCCGUGGUGACGGCAGCAGCAAGCACCCUUCGCGUCCGUACCUGACCGUCAAGUCAAACAACGAUGUCGAGGUGACGAGCACGUCGGCGGGGCAGAACAACAUUCAUCUCGUCAUGUACAAGCUGGGAUGAUGUCGCUUUCGUUAAAUGUAUUCUGUAUGGUGGUCUUCUGAUCAGGGUGAAUCGCGCGC